CUUCCGUUAAAAUUUUCCCAAAGGGAACUCGAAUUGUUCUUCCGACUUCGAACAGUGUAUUUUGAAUAGUUUCUUUUCUUCAACAUAUCAUUCGUCGAUACGUUUCGUGAUAAACGAUAUGGAAAAAGAUCAAAAGAACACAUUGCCGUAUCCAGCAUACGGUACAGAUACAAACAGCGGUUAUCCGCCAGUUUCGACGGCUUAUCCACCGAUGGCGAGUGCCUACCCUCCUCCUUCGGCUGAAGCUUACCCACCAACAACAAAUGCUUAUCCACCUCAAGCGAGCUCGUAUCCUCCGCCAAUGGCAGCCCCUCCACCAUACUCAGCCACUGCUCCACCAUACGAACCCGCACAAACGACACAAAUUACAAACACGACAAUCGUUGCGAUCAGUAACACUCCAAGCUCCUAUCAAAAUUAUUCACCCGAGGUUGGAUUCAUGAGCAAAACCGUUCGCUUAGGUUUUAUUCGAAAGGUAUUUACUAUAUUGUCCUUUCAACUUGUUGUGACAGUUGGAGUUAUCUGCUUGUUCCUCUUUGUACCUGCUGUUGAAAAAGCUGGACAAAACACCAUUCUCUACAUUAUUGCAUAUCUUAUCUUUUUUGUUCUCUAUUUCGUUCUGGUUUGCUGUGACUCAGUCAGGCGAAACCAUCCGACCAACCUAAUUUUGUUGGGACUAUUUACUCUCGCACUGUCGUUUCUGGUUGGGGCGAUUUCGAGUUACCAUAAAACAAAUAUUGUUCUGGUGAUGAUGGGGGUCACUGCGAUUGUGACCAUUUGCGUGUGUUUGUUCGCUUGUCAGACCAAGUUUGACAUGACGAAAUUUGGAGGUGUUUUGUUUGUUUUUGCUUUGGUCGUGUUCUUUGUGCUCAUUUUUUCGCCUGCGUUUCUGCUGGUAACAACGGCGGGCAAAAUUGCCAUUGGUGGAGUCUUGGCUUUGCUGUUUACUGCUUUUAUGGUAUACGAUGUACAACUGAUCAUGGGAGGUCGUAAGUAUGAACUAAGUGAAGAAGAAUACGUGUUUGGAGCAUUGAUCCUGUAUGUUGACAUUGUGAACAUCCUGCUACUCUUGCUCUAUCUCUUUGGUGGAAGCAGCAAUUAAUAGCAAAAGGCAAAUUGCAAAUUCUACACCCCGUACAUAAGUAACUAUAACAUUUACUGUAUAAUUUUAUGUGAUCUGUAUACAUUAGUUGUAUGUAGGCGUCAGUCUGAGCAAACGUAAUUUUACUUGGUCGAAAUUUAUGUUUUCAAAAUGCAAGGAACGGUGAAGCGGGUCUAUCUCCAAAUUGUGGUGAACGAUUAAUUGAAUUAGUUGUGAUAAAAACACGUAAAAAUAUACUAAGGUCUUUGUGAAAAAUAAAAAGGAAACAUGUCCCACUCGAUGUUGCCGUUGGCACCUCGAUGUCGGUAUCCUCGAACAUGCUAAUAAAGCUAUUUAACAAAAUAAUUGAAGAUUGGGGAGAACAAUGCAUCACAUGCACUUGUUUAUCUCCUGCUAAAAGUGCGACACGUUUCCAUAAGAGUGAGACUUGUUAUUUGUAAUUUUUUUCAUUCUGUUUUCUGUGUCGGGUACAUCCAAACAGGUGAUCGAUGGGGUAAACAUUUUGCUUUCGCUAAAGGCAAAACCAAAGCCAGUACUGACAGUAUAUAUAGUUCGAUAUGUUAAAUGUAUAUCUUAUAACUAAACCAGGAGCUUAUAAUUUAGGAAACUUCAUGUAAUGUUGUAUAUGUCCACUAUAAUUACUCCAAUUCUGGACAAAACAAAUAUAUAUAUCUAUAUAUAAUUAUAAAAUCUUGUAAUCAUGCAAACGUUUCCAACUGCAGCGGGGAAACUUUUGCGGCUCUGCAUGACGGACUUCAUCCUCGAGCUCCCCUCAAAAAGCAUGCAAUAAGUAUAUGAAGGCUGGAUUAUUACACAUGCAUAAAAAUACUAUACUGUUAUGCGAUAGGAAGAAAUCAAUCACAGCGAUCAUUAUAUAUUUAGUCAUUGAUUUCUAUACAAACAUCCUGUCAUAUAAUAUUUGGACGUUGUUCUUGUGACUUUUGAUCUUUAAUUUUAAAAGCAUGGAAUUGAAGAUAGGAAGCCCACAUUAUUGCAUACAUAUAGAAAGAAAAACAAUCAUA